AUGAAACAUCACAACAUGCUUCCUUACAGGGCGUGGAUGGCAGUGGCACUGCUGGCGACGGGUGCCAACGCAGCUCAGAAGUACUGCUCGUCGCAAAAUACUGGCUCGGGCAACAGCCAAGGUACCGAUAUAUACAUGUCAAAUGGCCUCUGCUCGGACAACUGCAGAUCGCAGUACGCUUUUGCCAUCGUCUCGUAUCAAAGCUGCUUCUGCUCGAACUACAUACCCGCCGAUCAAGAGUCGACUGGAAGCUGUAAUCAAGACUGCCCUGGAUACCCGGCCGAAAAAUGCGGUGACGCCAACUCAGGACUCUACGGCUACAUUGCGCUGGACAUCGCGCCUUCUGGCACCGCUGGAGCAUCAGGCGCGAGUAAUACACAGCAAUCUACGACCAUGCAGUCUUCGGCCGCACCAUCUUCGACUGAAGAACCAGCGACGACUUUUGUUACAUCUACAUCGGGCACAACAUCGACCCGAGCGCCUGUGACAUCAACGCGUGAAACAUCGACGACAGUGCCACCAAACACCGAGGAGUCGGCAACGCCGGUGACCAGUGUCGUAAUGACAACAAUCUCUGGCGCUGUUGUGACACAGACUGUCACCUCGACACCUGUUGUGGCCAGUGGGUCGCACGACCAAGUGCCCCUGCAGCGUCAAGAUGGACUGGGAGCUGGCGCCAUAGCAGGCAUUGUGAUAGGAGUUUUGGUGGGAGUGGCAUUGGUGGCCAUUAUUGCAUUCCUCUUGUGGCGCCGAAAACACAACGCCGAUGACGAGCGGCAAGGCGGUAGCGCUACUGGAUCGAAGAAGAGAAUGACACGCAACGUCAGUGUUCUUAGCAAGGCCGGACUUCUGACCAGAAACAACACUCGUCAUAGCAUGGGCGAGCACGACGAUGUGCAUCCUACAAGCCAGAACAGUGUCCGACAUUCAAUGCUGUUCGCCGGCAAUGACGGCGUCAGCCCGGUCAGCCCUCUGGAUAGCAGCCACUCCGGCGACAGCACAAGGCAUAGCAAGCCCAUGGUGUACGACCAACGACUCAAUCCAAGUGUCCUCUUCGCCAACCAAGAGGCAAACGGCAGUCGUGUCUCCAUGCAGGACACCCAAGACUAUUCCCGGCCUCUGGGAGUUAUGAACCCGGACCCACGAGCGAGCUUCGAAUCGCGCAUGAGUCGGGUGUAG